UUUAGUCCACUGCUUCCACUCCAAAACAUCCCUAAACAAUUCUCUCCUCAGCAGUUUCCUGUAUUCCUAUCGUCUGUCUAUAUAUCCCGUUUGCGAGGAGCAAUAUCAGCAUUCUCCCUCCCAUUUCCCCCCUAUCUCCAAAUACCCCACCAACAACAAUCAUGCCCGAGCACGAAGAAGAUCUCGUUGCCUCCCAGACCGAGGGUUUCAAGGUCGGAGAGAAGAAGACCAUUGAAGAGUACCAGAACCUUGACGCGAACGACGAGUCUCUCAACCGCUGGAAGGCCUCUCUGGGUCUGGCCACUGGAACUCCCAUUGGCGACCCCAAUGACCCCAGAAAGUGCAUCAUCAAGUCUCUUGCCCUGGAGGUGGAGGGACGUCCCGAUGUUGUGAUUGACCUGUCUACUCCCAAUGCGCUCGAGACCCUCAAGGACAAGCCCUUCACGAUCAAGGAGGGUGCCACCUUCCACAUCAAGGUCGUCUUCCAGGUGCACCAUGAGGUUCUGAGCGGUCUCAAGUACCUUCAGGUGGUGAAGCGCAAGGGUAUCAGAGUUAGCAAGGACGAGGAGAUGCUGGGAAGCUACGCCCCCAGCACCACCGACAAGCCCGUUUACGAGAAGAAGUUCAACGCCGAGGAAGCCCCCUCGGGCAUGAUGUUCCGUGGCCACUACAACGCCGUGUCCAAGUUCGUCGACGACGACAACCACACCCACCUCCAGUUCGAGUGGUCCUUCGACAUCGCCAAGGACUGGUAGAAAGAAUGAAAUGAAUUUUGUCGUUUAGAAUAGUCAGUCGGACUGGCUCUGCUUUCUGGCUUUUCCCAUCACAACUUUCUUUCUCUCUUUCUUUUCCACCCUCUCAUAUAUGAAACUAUGAACUGUUUACCCUGCCUACCCAUAUCAUACUCCAUGAGAAAGCGCAAGCACAUCACACCAUAUCCCUGCCUUUUCUUCGCAGUUUUACUAGCGUUGGACCUACCUCCCUAUCCGCAUCUUACUAUUGUCCGAGUUUUGGAAUACAAUAUUAUAUUUUACAACUCUUUUAUUGUCUGCAAGGUUUUUCUUGAUGAAUGGCCUUGAGUAUCUGGGAUUAGAAUCGCCCUAUCUACUACAUUCCGAUGACCGCAUACCAU